AUGUACAAAUCCGCGGUGAUUCUCGUGCUGUUGGUUGGAACGGCGUGUGCGUUUCCACCCAAAAAUAUCUUGGGGAAAUCGGUAGCCGAGGAUGCCACCGAUAAAAAGGCUCCGGAAGUGCCGCCGCAAGGAUCGGAGGUCGAAAGUCAGAAGGAAGAUGCCACCCGGGAGUCUGACGACGAACUGACCCCGACCAUCGCGCUUUCGCGAACCGAGACGCCGUCGCCAACAUCAUCCGAUCGAAGCACCGAGGGUCAAAAAGAUCGCGAAUCAUCAAGUGGGAAAGAUGAUCAAUGCCAAUUUUUAUCUGCAUGCACUGAUCAAGAAUUGGAUUACAGUCCCGUUGAUUGGAGAGAUGAAAUCGAAGAGCCAAAAAAGUUGUGUGACAAUACUGCGACGGGUUGUAAUUUGCUCGGUGAACUUGCACCACGUCGAAAAAGAAACACCGAAACGCUCCCGUUGAAUCAGACAUUAAUUAUUCCGCUUGACAAGCUGGGAGUAAUAGAUAUUUCGAAAAUGAAGAAAGCCAAUCUUCUGAGCCAUAACACGGAAGUACCAAAUUAUUCGGGGUCCGACAUGAACAAACCUUUCGAGAGUGUGAUAAUACUUGACGACAACUCGGAUCUCGAACGACUUCACAUGACGAAUGUUUCACCAAGUGAUAUGAAAAGUGGUGAUACGAUAGUAAUAUCGGUUGGAAAAGUGAAGAUUCCAAUUUUCAUAUCGAGGGAUAUUUGCGGCAGUGAGACGAGCACCAACGAAUUGAAAAAGCUUCAAGAAGAGAAUGAAGUGGUGAAGAAGAAAUUGAAGAAGGCGGAGGAAGACCUGGCAAAGCAAAAACAGGAGUCCAACGAUGAGAAAAAUCGAAUAGAGGAGAAAGAGAAAGGGAAAGAAGAUCAAGAACGUAAGACGCUGCAGGAGAAGUAUGAUGCAGCGGUCAAGGCGUUGGUGGAAGAACUAGCUGAUUUGGAAGUGAAGUUUGAUCAGCAGUCCAGAAAUUUCACAAGAACGGUGCAGGAAGAAAAGAAAGCCUGCGAGAGGACAUUGAAGGACAACGAAGAAGGAGAGAAACAGAAAUGUAAGACGCUGCAGGAAAAGCAUGAUGCAGUGGUCAAGGCGUUGGUGGAAGAAUUAGCUGAUUUGGAAGUGCAGUAUGAUCAGCAGUCUAGAAAUUUCACAACAACGGUGCAGGGAGAAAAGCAAGCUUGCGAGGAGAUGUUGAAGGGCAACGAAGAAGAAGAAAACCAGGAACGUAAGAAGCUACAGGAAAAACGUGACGAUGAAAUAAAAUCAUUGGAGGCAAGCUUGACGAAGGCAGAGCAACUCUCAAACGACUUAGCGACACAAAUGAGUCGGGUAUCCGCUAAUUGCAAUAAGAACCUGGAGGCAGAGAAGGAACGCUGCAACAACCAACUAACCGAACGAACGGAGCGAGCGAAGAAAGAACUCGCGGAACGGAAGGACAGUUGCGAUGCCAGGAUAAAGGAGAAAGAAACGAAUAUGAAAAAACUACAAGAUCUUUUGGCAUUGUGUCGCAAAAUUGGACAGGUUUUACUGACUGAACGAUACCCAGUGUUGACGGUAUUUCGAUACUGCGCAGAAGGGAAAAAACAAAUAAAGAGAGAACACGUAUACAAUAAGGAACUUGAAAGUUACUGCAUUUAA